AUGCGCGCCGCAGCCCUCAUUCCUCUCGCCAUUGGCCUCGUUGCCGCCGGCCCUGUGGAAAAGCGUCAGAACUUCAACUUUGCAGCUAUUGCGGCUGACCGUGCCGAUGAAAUCGCCGCUAUCAGCGCCGACAACCUCGGCCCUGUCGACCCUGUUGUCCUGGCCACGACUGUCGUUGAGGCCACCUCCGCCUACGAUGCUACGGCUGCCAUUGCUGCUGCUACGAGCGCCGUCACGGCUGUUGUCGAGAAGCGCGAGGCCUGCCAGACCUACUCUGGUGCUGGCCCUGUGGUCACCAGCGCUCCUAGCGAUUGGGUCAAUGCUGAGGUUUUGACCAACCCGGCCCUCACUGCCGACGUCCCGUCCGGUUACGAAGCCGCCCCUAGCUUCACCAACCUCCAGGGCGCCGUUCAGCAAAUGGGUUACCUGACUGUCAAGACCCUGGACUCCUACAGCCCGGCCCAGUGUGCCAGCUAUUGCGACGACGAGCCCCUCUGCAUGGGCUUCAAUGUCUACUUUGAGCGUGACCCCUCGGAGGACACGUCUUGCGCUAGCGAUGGAAACCCUGACAGCAUUACCACCAUUGCAUGCACCCUGUACGCUUACCACGUUGCUGCCUCCAAGGCUACCAACACCGGCCAGUACCGCGACAACUUCCAGGUCGUCAUCACCGGCUCCAACGGCUACAACAAGGACAGCAGCAAGCAGUCGUUCACCUCCAUUGAUGGUUACCAGGCCCCUCAGAACUUCGAAGAUGCCUGCAUCAACGCCCCGACCUACAACGACUUCGACAGCUACAUCACCUACACCACCUACACUGACGCCUACGAUCCUCGCGUCUGCGCCAAGGCUUGCGAUGCUCAGACUGAAUACGACAAGGAGCACCCCAACGAUGACCAGGAGUACAAGGCGUGCAACUACUUCGUCGCAUACGUCAUGGCCAAGAACGAAGAGCCCCAAGGUCUGUUCUGUGCCCUGUACUCCCUUCCCUGGAACUCCACCUAUGCUGUCAACACGGGCUACUCGUGGAGCUCGGACGUCUACACCAUCUACAACUCGCUCGCCUACACUGUCAGCGGGGACCUUGAUUUUGGUAACAACGAGGAAAUUGAGGACUUCGUUUACGAAGACGCCAACUAA